AUGGUCAUGCGGAAAAUCAAAUUUGACUUGGAAACCUUUGUACGGAGCGCUCCUCAAUUCUCCUACAUAGCCGGCAGGUCGACUGAAGACGCGCUUCGCCCCGUCUUCAGUCACUGCGCCGAAGGUCGUCGCCUGCGAACAUCCCAUGCACGCAACCCUCACCAACGGUUCGCGGGUCUCAAGAUCCCCGCCUUUCAAGGCGGCGUCCAGAUCUGCUUGGACCUUGCGUCCGCAUUUGAUAUGGUACCCCAUUCUCUGGUCCGCGAAGCCCUCCUUGAAGCUGGGGUUGAGGCGGGGCCCGCCUCCCUCCUCCUUUCAUGGCUUAGCUCUUGCUCAUAUGAUCUCCACCUUUCGGGUCUCCGCGCCAAUAUAGUGGCCAGGCGCGGCGUAAAGCAGGGCUGCCCUGCAUCGCCCUUGUUAUUCGCUGCCUGUACCGUUCUCCUUGCCCGUCGUAUCGACCUUCGAUUAGGAUCGUCGUGGGUGUCUGAACACUUAACCAUGUUUGCAGACGAUCUACACCUCGCUUCGCUAUUCCACUCGGUUGCGGAAUUUGAUCUGGAGUGCCAGCGCUUGGGGGCUGCGAUCACUGUUCUGCGUCAACAUGGGCUGAUCAUUCACCCCUCGAAAGCCCAGGCCCUUUUGACGUGCACCGGCUCACAGGUCAAGCAAACCCGACAACGCUUUGUGAAGCCCCUGACCGCGCCUGCCGAAGGAAAGGGUCUGCGCCUCCGUGCCUCUGGCGAGGAUGUUCUCAUACCCCUCGCGCGUAGCGCGGAUUACCUCGGAGCUGUAAUCUCGUAUGAUUGCUUUUCUGCGCAGACCUUGGACAAGCGUAUGGCCCAGGGCCGGACUGCACAAGUUCAGCUGCGCAAGGUGCUCAACGCCCGAAAAGGUCUGCUUCUCACCCAGCGUGUCCUCCUCUGGCGCACCACUGUGUGGCCCUGCCUUCUCUACGGCCUGGGGGCCUGCGGUCUUACGACCGCUCACCUCGCCUCCCUUCAAACACUAGCCCUCAAGCAGCUUCGGGCCCUCUCGAACAGCCCUGCACACAUACACCAUGAGUCGGACGCCGCCCUCUGCCUCCGUCUUGGUGAUCUAUCACUGCCUGCAACCCUGCCUCUCACCGCACUUCCUCCGCCCGGACCGUCCGAGUCCACCCUGGAUGCGCCUGAGCCAAGCGAGCCCCUUGCGGGCUCUGCUCUGGUCGCACCGUUCGCUGCCAUACCGACGGAUCCUCCCGUGGCCAGGGCCUUCCCGUGCGGCCUCUGUGACCGCUCGUUUGAUACGCGCAAAUCUCUGAAGCUGCAUAUGGCGCGGUCGCACCAACAGCAGACGGCCACUGUUGUCUUCAAUCGUGCUCUGCAUGCGGACGCCUCGGCUCCGCUGGCUGCCGAGGUUGUGAGACAACUGGAAAAAGGUGGUGCCGCAGGCUUGGCGCAGCGUUCAGUCCUUGCCUGUACUGCAACGAAUCGCGCACUCACCCUGUUCAGCACAUUCGGCACUGCACCGCCCUUUGGCAGGCUCUUCUUCUUGCUCUGCAUCAUGGGUCUCAGCUCGGAACAGGCCGAUCAGCAGAUGGAGGAGGCCUUCGGACCGAUCCUGAAGUCGUUGCAAUACAAGAGGCCUGCAGCUCCGGAUACCGGAGCCCCCUCGCGCGAUCCCAAAGCGGCGAAGGGCAAGGACGGCAAGGGUCGUGGACAGAAGUCCGAUCCCAAGGGCAAGGGCAAAGGCCGGGGCCGCGGCCGAGCGGGUCGUCCUCCAGAAGAGAGCCAAGCUCCAUUCUGGGGCUCCAGCGCUGGUUUCGGCUGGCAACAAGCGGAGGAGGAGGCCGUCCCAGAUCUGCAGAUGUGUCGCCUGAUGGCACGCACCAUCGUGGAGCAAGCGGAUACGAUUGCCGUCCUGCGCCAGUCGACCGCGUGGGUGAUGUGGAUGCAGACCUCGCCUCCCUCCUUGGUCCCGACUCUUACGUCGACGGCAGCUCUUUGGAAGGAGACUUCCGAGCUCUACGGUCUCGGCCUCCGAGUGGCGCUCAUUUGGGCUCUCCUUCGGGUCCUGCGUUCGACCCUGGAGUCCCCCCCAGCAGAGCUGCUGUCGGAGGCGUGCGAGCGGAAGUGGAUCGAUCAGCAGGGCAACUGGCUCUAUCUCCGUUGGAAUCGUGCCAACCAGGCUCUCGAGCCGGACGAGAACAAGCAGUCGAUGAAUCAGACGGAUCUCAUCACGCUUCUGCGUCAGACCGGCACUCUGGCCGAUGGGGAGACGGUCAGCCGGUUCGCUGCAACGCGGCAGCUGGCGGAAUCCAUGGAGGGGGUGGUAACCUUCAAGGUGGACAUUCAGUUCCGAUCCCCGCGGGCUCAUCAGCUUUACACCAACCUGGAGCGCCUCGCUGGCCUGGCGCCGCUGAACAUGCUCGGUCUCUCCUUUCGCAAGGAAAGCUACAAGCGAUCGAAUGGGAUCCAGAAGCUUGCAGAAUGGUGUGCCUUUGUUGGGCCCUCGUGGGCUUCCAUGGGUGGGAACAGGUCUCUACUGACGAGAUGGACGAAUCCCUCGGAUCAGCACGACUGCGCAGAGCUCUUAGCCCAUCUGGCCGAGCGGUCCGAUCAGGCUUAUCUCUUCUGGGCAGUCCUGGAGCCUGCAGCGCUCAAUGAUGAAGUGCGGCUGACAUCUGGCUGUCAGCCUCCGCCCACCUUGGUGGGGGACGCCCAUCCUGGCUCGCAUCGGCAGCUGCUCGAUGUGAGUGCAGACCGGCAGGGUUUGACCGAUCACAGCACGGAGUGUGUGGCGACACGGGACAGCGAGGUUGAGGAUGAUGCUGGCACAUCGGUGGCACGACCGCUCACGCCGGACACUGCGCUGGUGGAACCUCACGGCGAUUCCAUCUCCUCAGACCCUUCUGCGAUGCCUGCCUCGUCCUCCACUUCCCACUCUGCGCACUCUACAUCUGCUCCGGGCAGUUGGUGCGACGUUUGGAAUAUAGACGAUGACGAGGUCUCGCAUGAACUGUGCUUCGACUUCGGGGACUGCCCACCUGAUCCAGGGGCAGAUGCUUCAGCGCUGGAGCGGAUUGCCUACGACAUCUGUCAAGCGGAUAGCUGCUCCAUGCGCCAGCUGUUUGAUCUCUGUCUUGUACUGCCAGGACAAACUUCUGCCAAGCGUCGUCGUCUGAGCACUUCGGAUGGAGCCACGGGGCGAUGCCAGCGCUCUUUUUCAGUUGGAGCGUAUGCGGCGGGUGGCACGCAGGGUAUUCAGAAUAACACGCGUGAUUAUCCGUGGAUGACUCGCUUGAUGACAGCCUUAAUCAAUGGUGCCAACCCGCGUCACCAUUACAGCAGCUGCACACUUCUGAUGAAUGUUAUGCAUAACAAACAUCGUGAUCUGGCGAAUGAAGUCGGCACAUCUAACCUCCUGUUGCCCUGCAGCCGUUGGCGGGGGGGACAGGUUUGGGUCGCCGAUGAACAAGGAUCUGUUCACUUGGAUGGGCGCUCAGGCGCCGGAUGCCUGCGUUCGGUGCAGCUUCCGUACUUGAUGCUGGACCCACGGCUGGCGCAUGCCACGUUUCCAUGGUCUUGCGGUGACCGCAUCUUGAUUGUCGCGCAUCACGCUAAGGGCUUGCAAGCUCUGACGCCGGCGGAUCGCGCAUUACUUGAAUGGGCCGGCUUCCAUUGCCUCAUCCCUGGGUGA